CAGUGAGUUACUGUAGAAAGUCAACUUAAUCUUAAGCACAACGGUUGCUGAUCACGUUGAUGCAGCUAAGAUUCGUUGAAGUCUCUGCUCAAAACGUAAGACCGGUAUCGGAUUCGGUGGAACCAUUAAUAUUCGUCGAUUAACCCCACUUUCGGUGACUCUUCAAAUCCGGGGAAGCAAUCAUUUGAUAUCUCCAUUGGUACUCCCAUAUUCAAACCGCUCAAAAAAAAUCCACAAUGGGGGCCUUCUACGAAACCAUCCCCAAAAGCCUCAUCACCUGGAUCCUCGAACAAAAAGUCUUCUGGGCCGCCUCAGCACCCCUCUCCGCCUCAGGACAUAUCAACGUCUCGCCAAAAGGCGGCCAAUACUUCGGGAUAACCGACCCGCAAACAUUCUGGUAUGUGGACCUCACUGGUUCCGGCGUCGAAACACUUUCACAUCUUCAGGAGCCCGGAAAUGGCCGCAUCACCAUCCUCUUCAAUGCAUUCGAAGGUCCGCCUAAGAUUGUAAGACUAUGGGGAUGGGGAGAAGUGCUAGAGUAUGGGACAGAGAAGUACUUGGAGUUUGUGAAGAAGAACGAGGUUAAAACUAUUGAUGGGACGAGGGCUGUGGUGGUUGUUCAUAUCCAUCAAGUCGGGAGCUCGUGUGGGUUUAGCAUGCCGUAUUAUGAUUUCAAGGAUUUCAGACCGACGCUGAAUGAGUUCUUUGAGAAGAGGGUAGCCGCUGAAAAGGCGGGGAAGAAGGACGAUGGGAUUGAGAAGUACUGGGCUUACAAGAACUCAGAGAGCAUGGACGGACUUCCAGGCAUGCGUCGUGGUGUUGAAACGGCAAAGAGGGAGAAUGUCAAGCCGAUCAAGAAGAUGGUUGGGCCUUAUGCGCUUGAAGCAAGACCACGAUAUAACUCUACGCGCUCGGCUGUCUCGCAGAUUGUUAUUGUGCUUUUGGCUUUCUUCAUGGGUGCAGUUGCGCAGUAUGGAUGGUGGUACCUGAAUCCACAGACGAAGAUGUGUAAAGCUUGAGUCUUGCGAGCCUCGGGCUGAGUACAUAAGAGGAUGUGAAGGGGUACAAUUUUUUUUCAUUUUUUUUUUUGACUCAGGAAUAUAUUAUUGCUUAAUGUCGUACUAGGGAGAUAAACAUGGCGUAUGGAAUCGACAAAUACAAUGGAAGAGCAGAGUAUACUGGCACUAUGGUGAUAAACGAUUGCGCAGGAAUUCAGUCAGCAUAUCGGCAUUGGGGAGUGGUCUCCAUUUUGAAUUUUAUACUCCAUAAAAUCCGCCUCAAUUGAAUAGCAAGGCCAAUACAUACCAGCGAAAAAACACAGGCGAAGCUCAGAGCAGACAUUUGUUGGAAAAGGUUCUCCUGUCCAAGAGGGUAUACAUGUAUGAUCAUGAUCGCUCUGGUAUCUUUGUGUGCAAACAGUCUUUGCUUAUAACCCACACAAACGGCUGUGUACAGAUGGAACAGGGAACAAUCGGAAAAAACGGCCGUUCUGACAAAGCUAGAGCACUACUCAGAGCACCUUCGCUUUGAGAUUGAGGUGAAUUACGGAGCCAACUUUAGCUUUCUUCAUCCCAACGAGUAACUGUGCCUCAGAAUAGGGAAGAGAGAAUAGAGAGGGGAGCAUUAUUUGCAUUGGUAUUACA